UAUAGGUAAAAAGCAUUCCAUUAGUAUUCAUAGAGAAAGUGAUGGAGGUUGCUUUGCUAUUCAUUAAUGAAUUGAUAUACCAAAACUCUCCAAUCGCCAUAACCUCCAAAAUUUUCAUUUUGUUUCUAUUCAUGGCUUUCACUUCUAUCUUGUUUUUUCAACGUUAUAAUCGCAUACGAAAACACUCGAACUUGCAACCACCUCUCCCACCAGGGCCAAAGCUAUGGCCUUUUGUUGGCUACCUUCCUGCAAUGUUGUUGAGCAACAACUUGUCAACCCACGAGUGGAUUCAUUCAAUUAUGAAGCAAUUCAAUACUGAAAUUGCUUCCAUACACUUCAGAAAUACUUACAUAAUCCCCGUCACUUCUCCAGAACUCGCUCUUGAAUUCCUUCACACAUAUGAUUCUAUUUUUGGAUCGCGCUCUUCCAGUUUUGGAGAUUCUGAUAUGUUAACCCGUGGAAGUAUCUCCGCAAUAUUAUCGCCAACGGGACCUCAAUGGAGGAAGAUGAAAAGAAUUCUCACAUCAGAGAUACUCAAUCCAUCAACUAUCCAUCGAAUGCUUGCCCAAAGAACCUCUGAAGCCAAUACUCUUUUAUGCUAUAUUUUCAACCAAACAUGUAAAAAUGGAGGAGGUGCAGUGAUUAACAUUAGAAGGAUAACACAACAUUAUUGUGGUAACAUCUUAAGAAGAAUGUUAUUCAAUAGAAGAUACUAUGGAAAAAGGAGGGAAGAUGGAGGUCCAACUUUUGAAGAUAAAGAACACAAUCAAGCAUUGUUGACCGCUGUUAGGCGUGUUAAUGCAUUUUCUAUAUCAGAUUUCAUUCCUUGUUUUAAGCCUUUUGAUUUAGAUGGACAUAAAAAGAUUCUGAAGAAUGCUUUGAAUGUUCUUCGAAAAUAUGACGAGCCGAUUAUAGAAGAGAGAGUGCAACAAUGGAAAAAUGACAAGAAAAUAGAAGGGGCAGAGGACAUUCUUGACAUCCUCAUUUCACUUAAAGAUGACAACGGAAAUAUUUUGUUGACAAUAGAAGAGAUCAAGACUCUAAUCAUAGACAUACAACUUGCAACAGUAGAUAAUCCUUCAAAUGCAGUGGAAUGGGCAAUGGCAGAAUUACUCAAUCAACCAAAAGUUCUCGAAAAAGCUAUUGAAGAAUUGGAUAAAGUAGUUGGAAGGGAGAGAUUGGUUCAAGAAUCGGAUAUUCCGAAACUCAAGUAUCUCACAGCUUGUGCUAGAGAAUCUUUUCGACUUCAUCCAUUUUCACCCUUCAAUGUUGCUCAUGUGUCCAACUCUGACAUUGUUGUGGCUGGCUACUUUAUUCCCAAAGGAAGCGAAGUGUUGCUGAGUCGUUUGGGUCUUGGUCGAAAUCCAAGGAUUUGGAAGGAUCCAAUGAAAUUUGAUCCAGAACGUCAUCUAAAAGACGGGACAGUUGAAUUUGGAAUUUCAGAACCCACUUUGCGAUUCAUCACUUUCACAAGAGGGAGGAGAGGUUGUCCUGGUGGCUCACUAGGAACUAACAUUACCAUGAUGUUAUUUGCUAGACUUCUACAAGGAUUCUCAUGGACUUCGUUGCCAAAAUUCACAACGACGUCACCUGAAACCAGAGAAUUAUCUCUAUCAAAGCCAUUGCAUUUGCAUGCAAAGCCACGUUUAUCUCAUAAUAUGUACCAAGGCUAUAUUGACCAUCAAGCAUAAACUGCCCAAGAAACAGUGUCUACAACAGAGAAAUAGGCAAUAGUCGUUUUGCUUUCAUACAUAUGCUUGUGUUUAAUAUACUUUUUAAAUGCUCUGCUCUCAUGUAUCGUAAAACCAAUUUAGGUUAUGUGUCAUAUUUUUCUAUGCAUCCUCGCAAUAAUUUGCGGAGUUAAAUUUGAAGUUGUGGAAGCAAAAAUUUAUAUA